AUUUAGGAACUGUGCUGAAGGUGGUGACCAUUCCCAGGGAAAGCUGGCAUGAUCUGGAGGAAGUGGUGCUGGAAGAGAUGACGGUGUUCAGGGAGCCAACACCUAUUACUGCCAUGGAGCUCUCCACUAAACAACAACAGCUGUACCUCGGGUCAGAUUUAGGGAUUUCCCAGAUGCCCCUGCACCGCUGUGAGGUCUACGGGAAGGCCUGUGCCGAGUGCUGCCUGGCAAGAGAUCCGUAUUGUGCCUGGGACGGGACAGAGUGCUCUCGAUAUUUUCCGACUGCUAAAAAUCUCACAUCAUCCUUAAGUCUGUAUGACAGUAUGGUACAAUGUAGUUGUUUGAUUGAAACAACAGUGUCCUCUAGUGGCAUGAGAGAAGUAGUGUUACAAAUACUAAACUAAAUACUAGGGUCAAUUUUAGUGUUUUAGAAGAUGUGUCUAAUCCCAUCUUAUGAAAAAGUGUUAAUAAACUCAAUCUGUUUUUCUCCAUGUCAGAUUGUGAUUGAUGAAAGGCUGAGUCUUACAGGCCAGGGUCUGCUGAUCCGAAGUCUAACCCAGGCCGAUUCGGGAGUGUACCACUGCCACGCCGUCGAGCACGGCUUCAUCCAGCCCCUGCGGCGUAUUAAUCUUCAGGUCAUCCCAUCUCAGCGCGUGGGCGAGCUGCUGCUCCGAGCAGGCGCCAACGAUAAGGAUCCUUCCCCUAAACACAAACUCUGGUACCGGGAUUUCAUGAGCCUGUUGGAGCACCCAGACCUCAACAGUGUGGAUGAGUUCUGCGAGCGCGUUUGGAAGCGAGAGAAGAAGCCAAAGGGAAAGAAAACCCCCAAAGUCAACCCCAUAGCUGGCGUCGGGACAAAAACAGAUAAGACCCCUCAAAGGACGCCUCAGAGUUUGCAGAACCCAACGCAGAGGGUGCAAAACACACCAAAAGUGCAGAACAACCCAACUGCUCAGAUUCUCCCAAAGUCCACAGGUUUGCAAAGAGGUCAAAUCCCGGGAAGUACAGUGAGCACGGAGAGCCAAAGCAUCAAACCAGACACUCAAAGCACGCAGAAGAUCCAAAGUGCUCCUGAGAACCAAAGAGCACAACCUAACCAGGGAAAAAGAGGCACCCAGACCCCACAAAGAGGACCUCCUAACACAGCCAAGUGGAAACAACUUCAGGAGAACAAGAGGGGGCGCAACCGCAGGACCCACGAACAGCAGAGACCACCGCGCAGCGUGUGAGAUACACUCACGCACACUCAACAGACACUUGUAAACAUCUGAAUCAGUCACCCAUACAACAGACAAGCGUGUAUAAUCGAUAGCACAAAACUCAAAAACGGUGAAUCCUGCUCACGUCUCUUGUUCACCAGGGAAAGCACAUUGACUUUGUCGUUGUGAUGUGACAGCAAAGACCUUUUACACUCCUAGUGUUACAGAUCCGACGUCAUACACGUGAUGUUUUCAUCAGGAUGCGCGGCGGUCGUUUGCCAAAAAUCCUUUGCGAUACGAUGGGAUAGUGCCAAUGGAAAAAGAAGAAGAACUCUUUUGUCGAAAUGACAACAUAUGAAAAAAAAGACAUGGUGGAGUGAAUUGGGCACCUGGAAAACUGGAAGCCAGUUGCUUAGAUUUGUAAAGACUGUAAUAUAUAAGCAAGCAUUGUACUGUACAUAGAACAACAGUAAGUAAUUAUGGACACAAUUGGUCAAAGGUGAAAUUAAGGCAUGCCUUAGUAACAGCUUGUCUAACCUCUGAUCCUCAGAAGCGUUUUGAUGUUCGUGUUAAUUAUGUUUCAGAUAAUCAAGUGGGCCUGACUGACUAAAAACAGUCAAUAACUGUGGUGACCAUUUCUGCCAAGAUUUAGGUUUCAAAUACAACGUGCAUGAGUUGAAUGAAUAAGCUCUUCCAAGCCAGUUGCAUAGUCGAACUAUCUGCCGAUUACAGCCGUCUAGAUGAUCGUUUUAAAUGUCGGUUGCGUAAAAAUGAUAGAACGUCUUUUGAAAGAUGUUUUUAGAUAUUUCCAUAAUGUCUGUAGUGUAUUUCUAAAUUAUUAUUACUCAUAUUUCAUACGUUCGCGUCUUUGAUUUGCUAAAUCAGUCUAUGUUAGGCUGAAUGCUGAAUGACUCUAGUAUAUGUACAUAUAUAUACAGCAGAACACCACUUGAUUAUUUAUUGCUGGUUAUUGUUUAUUGUUCAAAGGGUUGCAUUUAUUUUUGAUAUUAUUUUUUCUAUUCAGUUGUAAACGUGGCUGAUAGGCCAUGAUUCACAUAGGCGGACCAAUUAUUUGUUUUUAGGCUCAGAUUCUUGUUGAGUGUUUGCAGAUCUGUAUUCUUUUAAUUCAGUUUUACAUGCUUACUUUCUAAAUUUUGGUCGUUCUUUCUUUUUUCUGUCUUAUAGCUUAUCUUUAGGUCUUGUUUUAACUUCAUCGUGCUAAAACUAACGAGAAAUAUUAAAUCAUCUCCAAUGAUUAGCUGUGAAUCUCCCUAAAAAAAUGUGUGGGUUAGGACAGAUUAGAUGCCGUGGAGAACACACUGCAUGUGAAUUCUGCCUUUGUGCAUCUUUAUUUUUUAUUGUCAUUGUGUCAUGCUAGAGGUCAUUUCUGUGCCAUGCAAGAUGUACGAGAUGUGAAUAUUUUUGCCAUUUGCAUCUAGACAUACCCUGUCCCUUUUUAUGUAUUAUAAGGUCUAUAGUCUUUUCACACAUACAGGUGUGAAAACGGCAAAAUUGUCAUUUCAAUGCAAUACCGAGGUAUCUCCACCAGAUGGCGAUCCCGUCCACUCCCUGACCCAGAUGGAGUUGAUUUGGUGCUGGCUGGUGCAACAAGGGAGGAGAAGGGAGCUGUCAGUUGUGUAAAAUUGGUGUUUCUGGCAUGCAUUUGGUUGUCUAAAUAAAUAUUUCCUCUAUAAUUUCAGG